UGUUAGGGCUGCCUUCCCAGGCUGCUCGUAGAGGCCGCAGGUCUACCUUCCGGUCUGUGUGGCCUGUGCUGCUGCUUGGCGGGAGUUGGUGGCAGGUGUGAGGUCCGUUUCCUGUGGAGAAGGAGAGAGGUGAGGUGGCUGGUUCCCAGACCUUGUAGGCCCUUGUGGACACCAUGUUGGACUCCAAACCCAGACUCCAAGCCCCGCAGAGGAGUAGUCAGAAUAGCCGGGAGACCAGCCUGUGGUCCUCAGGCUUUGGGAUGAAGCUGGAGGCUGUCACCCCAUUUUUAGGGAAAUACCGCCCCUUUGUGGGUCGUUGUUGCCAGACUUGCACUCCUAAGAGUUGGGAAUCCCUUUUCCACAGAAGCAUAACAGAUCUAGGCUUCUGCAGUGUGAUCCUGGUGAAGGAGGAGAACACCAGGUUUCGGGGCUGGCUUGUUCGGAGGCUCUGCUAUUUCUUAUGGUCACUGGAGCAGCACAUACCCCCAUGUGAUGAUGCCCCACAGAAGAUCAUGGAAAACACUAGGGUGCAGAAUGUCCUCUCAGGGAGGGCUCCAGGAGGGACUGGUGAAGGCCAGGUGCCCAGCCUUGUGAAGAAAGAGGUGCAGCGCAUCCUGGGACAUGUCCAGGCCCCAUCCCACUCCUUCCUACUUAGGCUCUUCAGCUGGGCACUGCUGCGGUUCCUGAACCGCCUCUUCCUGAACGUGCAGCUCCACAAAGGCCAGAUGAAGAUGGUCCACAAGGCUGCACAGGGAGGCUCGCCGAUGGUCCUCCUCUCCACCCACAAAUCACUCCUGGACGGGAUCCUGCUGCCCUUUGUACUGCUCUCCCAGGGCCUGGGUGUGCUCCGUGUGGCUUGGGACCCACGUGCCUGCUCCCCUAUCCUCAGAGCUCUGCUGAGGAAACUUGGGGGGCUUUUUCUGCCUCCAGAGGCCAACUUCCCCUUGGACAGCUCUGAGGGAGUCCUUGCAAGGGCUGUGGUUCGUGCGGCUAUGGAGCAGCUACUGAUCAGCAGGCAGCCCCUGCUCAUCUUUCUGGAGGAAAUCCCUGGGGUCCAGGGGCCGAGGCUGUCAGCCCUGGGCCAAGCAUGGCUGGGACUGGUGGUCCAAGCAGUUCAGGGGGGCAUUGUUCCAGAUGCUAUGCUGGUGCCAGCAGCUAUCACCUAUGACCUGGUUCCUGAUGCAUCUCGUGAAGUACACCAUGCCUGGGUCCCGCUGGGGCUGUGGGCAGGAGCUCUGGCUGUCCUGCGGAGCCUGCGAGCCUGGGGCUGCAGCCGUAGGAUCUGUGCCCGUGUGCAUCUGGCCCAGCCCUUCUCCCUGAAGGAAUAUACCAUCAAUGCCAGAAGCUGCUGGGGCAGCAGGCAGACCCUGGAGCAGCUGCUGCAGCCCAUCGUGCUGGGCCAAUGUACUGUUGUCCCAGACACUGAGAAGGAACAGGAGUGGACCCCGGUAACUGGGCCCCUUCUGGCCCUCAAGGCAGAGGACCAGCUCCUGGUCAGGAGGCUGAGCCGUCACGUCCUGAAUGCCAGUGUCAUGAGCUCGGCAGUGAUGAGCACAGCCAUCAUGGCAACGCUGCUGCUGUUCAGGCACCAGAAGGGUGUGUUCCUGUCGCAGCUCCUGGGGGAGUUCUCCUGGCUGACGGAAGAGACACUGCUGCGUGGCUUUGAUGUGGGCUUCUCAGGGCAGCUGCGUUGCCUGGUGCAGCACACGCUGAGCCUGCUGCGGACACAUGUGGCCCUGCUACGUGUCCACCAGGGGGACUUGGUGGUGGUUCCAAGGCAUGGCCCAGGUCUCAUGCACCUGGCGCGUCUGAGUGCUGAGCUGCUGCCUGCCUUCCUGAGUGAGGCGGUGGGCGCCUGUGCUGUGAGAGGGCUGCUGGCAGGCAGAGUGCCGCCUGAGGGGCCCUGGGAGCUGCAGGGCAUCGAGCUGCUGAGCCAGAAUGAGCUGUACCGUCAGAUCCUGCUGUUGCUGCACUUGCUGCCCCAGGACCUGCUGCUGCUGCAGCCCUGCCAGUCUUCCUACUGCUACUGUCAAGAGGUGCUAGACCGUCUUAUCCAGUGUGGGCUCCUGGUUGCUGAGGAGACCCCAGGCUCCCGGCCAGCCUGUGACACAGGGCGACAGCGUUUGAGUGCAAAGCUGCUGUGGAAACCAAGUGGGGAUUUUACUGAUAGCGACAGUGAUGACUUUGAGGAGGCUGAGGGCCGCUAUUUCAGGCUUAGUCAGCAGUCUCGCUGUCCUGACUUCUUCCUCUUCCUCUGCCGCCUGCUCAGCCCACUGCUCAAGGCCUUUGCACAGGCCGCUGUCUUCCUCCACAAGGGACAGCUCCCUGACACAGAGUUGGGCUAUGUGGAGCAACUGUUCCAGUUCCUGCAGACCACUGCCCAGGAAGAAGGGUUCUUUGAGUGUGCAGACCCAAAUCUUGCCAUCAGUGCAAUCUGGACCUUUAGAGACCUAGGGGUGCUGCAGCAGAUGCCCAGCUCUGCAGGCCCUGUGCUCCAUCUGUCUCCUACCUUUGCCAUCCGAGAGAAUCAGGAAAAGCUGGAACAGUUCAUCCGGCAGUUCAUUUGUAACUAGAAAUGUGGGGUGGCACUCCUACUGAAGACUCAGCCACAGACCACAGCUGUGCCCUGGAGACUGGGAGGAUGAUGCACGCCCUUAGCUGGACUAUAAAAUCUUUGAGGUUUGGUCAUCUCUUGCCUCCUCCAUCUUUUGGUGUGAUAAACGAGAGGACCGGCUGAGCCAUCUUUUCCCAAGCCCAGCAAUUUCUUUGGGGUUGGUGGGGUGUGCAUGUGUAUGUCCAUCUGCUCUCUCUUGCUCCACCCUGUGAGAAUAUCCUACCUGGCUCCUAGAAACAAACCCUAAAAAACACACAGUAGUAGAACCCAAGCUGCUGCUUUAGCCUGAGACAUUUAUUGAGAAAGCACUCCAGCUCUUCUCCCUUACCAGGAAGAAGAGGCUUGAAGGGUCUCUCCCUGUGCAAGUCCAGGGCUUGUGGUAGGAGCCUUCAUACCACCUUGUUGAUGAUGACCCCUAGUUCUUCAAUCUCACACUGGACUUCAUCACCUUUCUGUAACAGAGUGGCCGUGGGGCUAUCAGCCCUCCAGUGUGACACACACAGUGCUGGCUUUCUCAGGUCUGAGCCAAGUCUUCAGGCUUUCUGGGCUUUUGGUCCCCCUCCUCCUUUAAGCCAACCUACCUUGAGAAAGACAGGCGGUUUCCUGAACACACCAACACCCGGGGGGGUUCCGGUCAGAAUCACGUCCCCUGGGUAAAGAGUGACGAACCUGGGACAAAAAGGUUAGGCAAGACUAGGUGCUGAGGGGGCCAGUCAGGGAUGGAGGAUGGGAAGGGGCUCCAUUGCAACUUACUGGGAGACCCAGGCUAUCAGCUCCUCUGUCUUAAACACCAUCUGGUUGGUGUUGCUGCUCUGGACCACCUCUCCAUUCACUCGGCAGCAGAUCUUUAAGUUGUGUGGAUCUGAAACGCAAUUAACACCACCUUGGGGUUCUCUUUCUCUCCAAGCCCACUGUCCUCUAUACCCAGCUGGUGAAUUGCUAGGUGAUGGGGCUCUCACUGGCCUCCCUGUACGCUGUGCCUACUCCAACUCAGCAUUUUCUGCCCAGACCCUGAUCUCCUCAGAUCUUCGUGUAUCUCCCCCCCCCACCCCCCAAGUAUAGUGCCUGUCAGUGAGUUGAGGGAAGUCCCAGACCCUCAGGGAAAGAAAAGUUGAAAAAUUUUUGGCUUUAAACAGCACUUCGUUUUUUAGUGGCUGUGUUUUAUACUCACAAGCACACCUGAAGGCAGCCAGAAGACAAUUUAACAUCACUGAUGUGUGCACAGGGUGAUGUGGGGCUGAAUCACCUGGACACACUCCUGCCCAGAUGGCUGAGUUCUGCCCUCUGUCUCCUGGCUCAUUGUACCCUUGCUUGUGGCUGGUGCUGCCCUGAGGAUGUGGUGACUGGGUAAGGUCCCAUUAGUACUCCUGUAGCUGCCUUGUUGUGGAAAGUGUAUGGGCCUGAUGACAGCCAUUCUCUGUGAUGCUCAAGGCCAGCUUGGCUUCCCUCAAACUCAGAUUCUUCUAGGUAGUGACAGCUAGAGGAAGCCUGAUCCACUUACCAGGGGAACAGUUCUUUGCAAUUCACUUCCAACUGUAGAUGUCCUACCUCUAUGGUAGUUCUCUAGAGUGGGAGUAGGGAAAGAAGCCCCCUGGAGAACCUGUGGCCCAGGCUGAGACUUGCCCUCUCAGGAGUUAGCAAAAGGCAGCUGGGGAGGGGAUUCCACACAGAGCUGCACCCCACACUCCCACUUCCUGGCAUUCUGCUUUUUUUUCCUUUACUCUGAUGCAUCUGCAAGAGUAGGAAGGAGAGUCCCAAGUGGGUUGUCAGAGACCUACCUGCCACACUGUCCUUGGUCACCAAGGCAGGGCCGAGGGGGCAGAAAGUGUCAAAGGUUUUUCCCAGCAGCCACUGCCUUCCAUUGCGUCUCAUUUGCCAGUCACGAGCACUCACGUCAUGUGCCACAGUGAAGCCGGCCACAUGAGCCAUGGCAUCUGUGGCCUAUAGGGGCAGGGGAUUUGCUAGUUUGCAGGUUAGAUCAGUGACACCAAUCCCCAUAACAAAGGAUGUCACAGCUAGGGUGCUAGGCGAAGGGCAAGGCAGAGUCUGGGAGCAAGUAGGUGUGGACACUUCCCAUUGUCAGAGCAGAUGGCACCACCCCUCCCACCUCACCUUGAUGUGCUUGCCUUUCUUCCCAAUCACCACGGCCAGCUCCACCUCCCAGUCCACCUCCUGCAGAGUGGAAAAUGAGCAGUGAGCUGCUUCCUGUAUUGAGGCCCUUCCUGUACUGAGGGUGCAUACACUGCCUCAGGGUCUGGCUCUCCAACAGUGGGGAUCAGCAGACCACUUUUGUAAUCACCACAGUGGAUGCAGGUGCAUCUCCCCAUUGUGACUGCAGAACAAUCCCUAUCUGCGGACAGUUUAAAAGUCACUUUUGAUACCUCCAAAAAAGGAUGGAGACCGAGUCAUAAGAGCUAAUCCACUGUGCACCAGAUUUCUAAGUGCUUCAAUGUAUGGACUUACUUAAGUGAUGCAAUAAAGAUCAGUAGUUAAUAACGUGGGUAAAAGUCUUAGAGAGUUCACCAAAAACACAAAAAGUGAGAACAUGCUCACAGCCUUUCAUAAUCAGCAAAGUGCAACUACAGCGUUCUAAUGGCAACAGCCAGGGCUACUGUCAGAAGCAUACCUGACACUCAGUGUUGAUCUCUAGAACUGCUUCCACUAGAAAAGACUGGUUCCUUGGGGGAAAUAACUAAUACUCUAAGUCAGUGAGCAGAAGAUGACCCUGGACUAUCUUGGCCAGAAAGCAAGGAAGGUUCAAAGUGAUGGGCUGCACUGGUCAGAGUGAGACCAUUUGAGUGUCAAAAAGAAUGUAAGUGAUGGGGGCCUCCCCGGUGGCGCAAUGGGCUGAGCGCCUUGCUGUGAAGCUGUUCGCAGCCUCUGCAGCGCGGGUUCGAUUCCUGGCCUGCCAGGGAGCAACUCACAUGGCGCAGCAGCACCCCCCCUGCCUCGCCCGCUGCCCCCCCAGCAGCGCCCUCGGUCCGUCUGCCUGUUUUGUUCUCUGCUCUGGCUCUGGUGAAUUCUCUCACCCUCCGGUGCUUCUGACUGUACCCAGUGCUUGUAUAAAAU